AUGGAAAUUUAUAUCAAGAAAGCACAUAGGAUUAAUAACUUCAUCAAAAAAAGAAGACUAACUCAUAAACCUUUAAAAAAUCAGCAUUCAGAAUCUGAGAUCCCAGAAGCUAAAAGUAAAUAUUUGCCUUUCAUCAUUAAGUCUGCAGAUGACUGUAAAGAAUCGACAUCAUCAAUAUAUCCAUUUGUAACACCGACGCUAAAAAAUUACAGCGCAGUUAGAAAUAGGCCUAAAAAUAUCAAGGAAUAUUAUUAUAAAAUAAACAAAUCAAGAACUUUUACUAAAACUCGCCCAAUUGUCUUAAAAAGUAAAAUCAAUGUUAUUAGAGAUGAGCUGAUAUCACAUAUAAGUAAUAAAAUCAAUUUAAAAGGCGUGAAAUCAGACCUAGAAGAGCGUCAUCAUUUAUCAUUUGAAAAAACUUCCUCAAAGAGUAUAAACGAUAUAUUUCCUAAAUCCCCUACAUUGCCAGCUAUAAAGCAUGAUAAGAAGCGAAAUCAGUCAGUCAGCUCUAAAGCUGAAAUUAUAGAGCCUAUCAAGAAAAUCAUCAUAAAGCGAAAAAGUUUAGACGCUAUGAAAGUUUCUGAAUUUUCAAGUGGGAAAUAUCGAGAUUAUUUUGAAUAGGCUGCAGAUUUUUUUAAAAUUUUUUUUCUUAAUGUUUAAUAAAGAUAUGAUUUUUUUUUUAAAAAAAAAAUAAAAGUUUAUAGACUUCUUAUAAAAUUUUUGAAUAUACUAACAAAUUCAUUAAUGACGAGCUCGAGCCCUGGAACUCAAGUGAACAAACUUAUAUGCUUUAA